AUGCGUUUCCAAUCCAUCAUCGCCAUCGCGCUCCCUGCGCUCGUCCUUGCGGCUCCUACUCCUCAGGACCCCGAGUACGAGUUCCCCGAGGAUGCUCCCGUUGACGACAUUGUCGGUGGAACUGCUGCUGCCUCUGGCGACUUCCCCUUCAUUGUCAGCCUUCAGAAGAACGGACAGCAUCUCUGCGGUGGUUCUCUCUUGGACGCCACCACCGUCGUCACUGCUGCUCACUGCUCCGUGAGCUCAGUCAUCGGCUCUGUCAGCACCCUCAAGAUCCGUGCUGGUAGCCUGCAAAAGGCAUCCGGCGGUACAUUGGUUGGCGUCUCCUCCGUCACCGUCCACCCCAACUACCGCAGCUCGGGUCAGGAUUGGGAUGUCGCCAUCUGGAAGCUCUCUACUUCCGUCGCUGCCAGCGGCUCCAUCGGCUAUGCUCGCCUUCCUGCUGCUGGCUCCGACCCCGCUGCUGGAUCCAACGCCGUCGUUGCCGGCUGGGGUGCUCUCACUGAGGGCGGCAGCAGCCCUGCUGCUCUCCAGAAGGUCACCGUCCCCAUCGUUUCCCGCGCCAGCUGCCGCUCCUCCUACGGAACCUCUGCCAUCACCACCAACAUGAUCUGCGCUGGUUUCCCUCAGGGUGGAAAGGACUCCUGCCAGGGCGACUCUGGCGGCCCCAUCGUCGACUCCUCCAAGACCCUCAUUGGUCUCGUCUCCUUCGGCAACGGCUGCGCUCAGGAGGGCUUCCCCGGUGUCUACGCUCGCACCUCUGCUCUCCUCUCCUUCAUCAACUCUGUUUAA